AUGGCCGUGUGCGGGGACUGCUUGGCCAUCCCGGAGGUGCUGGGGGGCAGGGCCGCCAUCGCCAACCGACGAGUGACCCCCAUGUUCUGGCCGUUCCUGGAGCUGCGGGGCCAGCUCGUGUACUGCCCGCUGGCCGACUUCGGGGCAUGCGGGGUGCGGGAGGGCCAAGACAUCUACGCGCAGGCCGUCGUGGCGCAGCCCGUGACGGGCCACAUACCGUUGAAGAACGCGUUCGAGCUGCAGGGCAAGAUCGCGGUGCUGCAGCGCGGGAUAUGCGACUUCGUCACCAAGGUGCUCCACGCGCAGCAAGCGGGCGCGAUUGCGGUCUUGGUGGCCAACAACAGCGACGACGGCGGCAACGGGGAAGCGUUCGUCAUGGAUGCAGGCCAGCGCCACGAUCAUGCGGCCGACACCGUGAGCAUCCCGGCCAUGAUGGUGUCACGCGCGCACUCGACUGACAUCUUCCAGGAGAUUCGCGAGGCGUACCUGGACCGCAGGGAGCUGGCCUUCACGAUCAGGUUCCUAGGAGCGCAGACGGCCUCGCGGGUGCUAGCCCAGCAAGAGAGAUUGGCGCAGCAGAACCGGAACGCAGCCCGCAACAUUGAGAUGAAGCAGCAGCGCGAGCACCAGCAGCAAGAGGCAGCGACCUUGCUCCGGAAUCGUCUGGGCAAAACACCCCAGGCCCAGGCCAAGAGUUCCGCCCCUCCGUCGUUAUCGGGGAGUGCUCUAGCGACACCGAGCACGAGUGCAAGCGAACUAACCUUCGACUGGUCGCCGGCCUCGUCGAUGAGAAGCAGUGCCUCAGCACGCCGUAGUCGAACUCGCAACCGUGAAGACGAAAUGUGCCGAGGAGAUAACCAGCACGAGCUAAUGCAGGUGGAGAAUGUUCAUGCUGCAGCUACGUUGGCCAUGCUGCAUUGGUGCCCGAUGACGACGGCCUUGGUGAUCCUGGACGUCCAGAACUACUUCACGCUGCCGCACGGGUACGGCGCAAAGCGAUCGACGGAUUCUAUGGGUGUUGCUAGCGACGAAGAGUUUGAUAUCAAACGUGACACAGUGCCGACCCGCAUCAGCCCGUCUAAAGGCCGAUCAAGCGUCGAGUUCUACGAGGGUGUGGACAAUGUCCUCAUUCCCACGAUCCAGGACGUUCUGCUCGCGAGCCGCGCGACUGAAGGCAUGGAAGUGAUUUACUCGGUUGUGGAGAGCGCCACACGCGACGGACGGGAACGCUCCCGUGCGCAUAAGCACGCUGGUAUCCACGUGCCCAAGCACGGAUUCGGCGCUCAAGUGCCGAAGCGAAUCGCACCAGACGACGGAAACGACAUCGUGCUCCCUCGCACCGGAGUCAAUGUGUUCGCGGCAACGAAUCUCGACUACGUCUUGCGGAACCUCAUGGUCACGCACAUCGUGGUCAUGGGCAUCUCGGUACUGGGCAGCGUGGAGUCCUGCGUACAGACUGCCCUGGACAGAGGUUACCAAGUGUCGGUGCUAAAAGAGGCUCUGCUUCCGCUAACAGGACCCGCUGUUGGGAGCUCCAAAAAGACUUCGAUGCUCGAGAGCUUCUCGAGUCGAGGCGUUCAGGUCCUUUCGGCCGCUGAGUUUGUCGACAAGUUACAAUCGUUUGCCUAG